AUCCAAUCCUGUUAAUGAUGACCCCUUCCAUCUUGGCUGCCCUUGUUCGUAUUCUUCUUUUUCCAAUUAUCAAUUCUAUCAUAGUUUCAUUUUCUUAUUCCUUUUCCCCCGUUAUUAGAAUCUAGACGAGGAUGGAAGAGCAAUAAGUCCUCAUAAUUGUACAUUGGUAAUUGAAUCUGCAUCCAAAAGCAAUAUUUGCGUAACGUAAAUACCGUGGAACCGGGGGUCCCGGUAUCAUUAAAAUCACCAUGACAUCUCAGGUUGAAUCUUCUGGAGGUUCCCCUUCUAAAGAUGGCCUAAGGGAGCCCAUUGGUUCGAAAGAUACUCCGUCCAUAAAUGACUCCGCCACGGAGGAGACGCCGCUCCUGCGGUCCGCGUCUGGUUCGGACAUUAUUGAGAGCAUCUCGUCUGCGACCUCCGAGCCGUCUGAAGAUGGUGAUUCCCCUGAUCUGGAUACCCCGAAUCAAAGGGUCAGCCGGGGCCGGGCCGUUGCUAUCGUCUUGAGCGUCUACCUCUUGAUCUUCCUGCAAGCAACCAAUAUGUCGGGCAUCACCAUGGCGCAGUCAACCAUAGCCGCGGACCUGGAUUCGUACGAGAACGCGAUGUGGUUCACGACCGCGUUCCUCGUGGCCAUGUCCUCGUCGACGCCACUAGUCGGCAAGCUGGCGUCCAUCUUCUCGCCUCGCAGCAUGGUGCUGGUCGCCUCAGCGCUGUUCGCCCUCGGCUGCUUCGUCACGUCGCAGGCGCGCUCGUUCUCGGUCUUCAUCCUGGGAAGAGUCAUCACGGGCAUGGGCGGAGGAGGGUCCACGGCCUUGGCCAUUGUUCUUAUCCUUGAACUGACGACGAAGAGGAAGAGGGGGCUAUACGUUGGGCUGAUGAAUGCUGGGUUCACCACAGGUGUCUCGUUGGGCGCCGUCGUCUUUGGCGGUCUCAUAUCCGUCACCGGCUGGAGAGCCCUCUUUUGGGCACAAGUUCCCCUAGCGUUGAUCGCCGGGCUCGCGAUUUACUUCAGCAUCCCUGCCUCGUUUUCUUCGAGCCAUCGUUCCAAAGAGGGUUCAUUGCUCGCGAAGCUGAAGCGGAUUGAUUACCCCGGCGCCAUAUUCUUGACCAGUACCGUCGUUCUUUUUCUCUUCGGGUUGUCUAAUAACAUCCAAGUCAUCCCGCUGCUUAUCUCGUUAGUCACGCUCAUCAUAUUCGUCCUGAUCGAGUGCUACGUUGCCGCCGACCCCAUCGUUCCGAUUGCCGUCAUUCGGAACCGUGGCGCCUUGCUGACUUGCCUUGCGCAACUCGGGUUUAUGGCUGCGCGGUGGGCGGUGCUGUUCUAUGCCCCUAUCGCGGCCCUAGCAGUACGGGGUUUCCCACCGGCGGCAAGCGGCAGUAUUCUCAUCCCGACGAAUCUUGGCUUCGGUUCCGGUGGGCUUCUCGUUGGCUGGCUGCACAUUCGCCGCGCCGGAAGCUUUUGGCUAUCCUGCGUCGUGUCUUUUGUCCUCUUCGCCGCGAGCUUGUUCGUACUAUCUCUGGCAUCAACACCCGACGUCCCGAUCGCGGUGUACGUCGUCGUCGUAUUCCUCAACGGCCUCUUCACUGGCGCCGCGCUGAACUACACGCUCGCACACCUCCUGCACCUAACCCCGCCCGAGACCCACUACGUGGCGACGAGCUUGCUAGGCACGUUCAGAGGAUUUGCCGGCAGCUUCGGCAGCGCCAUCGGCGGAGGCAUAUUCGCCCGGACUCUGCGCGAAUCGCUGGAGAAAGGGUUCGAGGGCAUCGAUGGUGAUCCGGGCCGAGACCGCGCCGAGCUUAUCCGGAAGCUGAUCGGAAGUCCGGCGCUCGUGUAUAAUGGUGGACUUGGGGCCCGGGAACAUGAGAUUGCGGUGCAGGGAUAUGCCGGCGCGAUAAAGGUUCUGUUCCAAGCUGCUGUGGUUCUAUCCGUGAUUGUCUUGGUCGUCCAAGCUGCUACGGGGUGGAAAGGGCCUGCGGAUAAGGUGAAAGAUUCGGGGGUUGAGGAUGAGAUUGAUGGGGCUGGUGGGGAUCAACGGCAGUAGGGUGUGGACUGCUGCAAGAUCUGGUAAUCUACCAAACCCUGCUUGAGAUAUGUAAAAAUCCAGUCAUUAUAGACGGUUAGAGGCCUUGAUUUAGAAAUUUGGGUAUAGUUGGUUUGAUUUAGAGAAGAGGGUUAAAUUCUACUUGGGGCAACCCCCUAUUAUUUAAUACUAAGGUAUGUUUGAGAUCUAUGAUGUUAGGUACCUACAUUUAAUAUGCACAGCACAUGUAAGGGGCUAAUAUGGAGACUGCAGUCACAGAUACUCAGAUAAAAUUCGUUAUUCAAUGUAUAUUUGCUAUUAUUUUACCUUAUAUGCAUUUAAUACUAGAAACAAAAGC